AUGGCCAAGCAAAAUUCCAUUGCUUUGAUUUCUCUGUACUUCGUCAUUCUUCUUGCAUCCUCAUUUAUUCCCUUUCUUUGCGAUGCUAACAAUUCUGAAAAUAGUGAUACGAAAACGUACAUCAUCUACUUGGGAUCGCUUUCAUCAGUUCCAAAGGAAUUAUCUUCGUACUCUCCGACCUCACACCACCUUAGCAUUCUUCAACAAGUCUCUAAUGGCGGCCUCACUGCUAUUAACGACGCCACAAGUUCCUUGAUUCGGAGUUACACGAAAAGCUUCAAUGGCUUUGCUGCAAAACUCACUAGUGAUCAGAGGGACAGGAUAGCUGAGAUGGACGAGGUGGUCUCUGUGUUUGAAAGCAAAAAACUUAGGAUCCAGACCACAAGAUCCUGGGACUUCAUGGGAUUUGUCGAGAAGACUAUAAAGCGAAACUCAUCGGCUGAGAGCGAUGUCGUGGUCGGAGUUAUAGACACCGGAGUGUGGCCGGAGUCUGAGAGUUUCAGCGACGAAGGUCUUAGCGAUGUCCCUGAGAAAUGGAGAGGGACUUGUGCUGGUGGGAAGAACUUCACCUGCAACAAGAAGAUCAUCGGAGCUCGGUUCUAUUCUGAACGCCGUGAUUCUGCCAGAGACGAACAUGGCCAUGGAACUCACACUGCUUCAAUAGCAGCUGGAAACAUAGUUGAUGGUGUCAGCUUUUAUGGAUUAGCAAAUGGUACAGCAAGAGGAGGGGUUCCAUUUGCGAGAAUUGCUACAUAUGCAGCAUGUGAUAGCGAAAAUGGAAACUGCGAAGACAAAGAUAUAUUGGCUGCUUUUGAUGAUGCAAUUUCCGAUGGUGUAACCAUCAUUUCAGCUUCAGUAGGAGGCUUAUUCAUAGAAGACUUUCUUCAAGAUUCAAUAGCCAUCGGAUCUUUUCAUGCUAUGGAGAAAGGAAUCCUCACCGUCCAUGCCGCCGGCAAUGCCGGUCCAGCCUCCUCCACAGUUGUAAGCCUAGCACCCUGGAUUCUAACUGUAGCUGCAAGUAGCACAGACCGUAGAAUCAUCGACAAACUUGUUCUUGGCGAUAAUAAUGGGACCACACUUGUUGGGAAUUCCAUAAAUGUUUUUAACUCAAAUGGGACAGAGUUUCCUAUAGCUAAGAUGUAUGAUUCUUUACCUAUUAUUGAUUCUUAUAUCAAUUCAACUAAAGAUCCGAAAGCUGAGAUAAAGAGGAGUGAGAUUGUUAAAGAUGAGAAUGCUCCAAGAACAUUUAAAAUAUCUUCACGUGGGCCAAAUUACUUGGUACCGGAGAUAUUAAAACCAGAUAUAAGUGCUCCUGGAGUUGAUAUUUUGGCUGCAUAUUCACCAGUUGGAUCGGUUUCAAGUUUUGUAGAAGACAAAAGAUCUGUGAAUUACAAUUUUUUGACAGGAACUUCCAUGGCUUGCCCUCAUGUUUCUGGUAUAUCUGCAUAUUUGAAGACUGUUCACCCAAAUUGGUCGCCUGCAGCUAUCAAAUCUGCCAUUUUAACAACUGCAAAACCCAUGAAGAAAUCUUAUUCUGAGGAUGCUGUCGGUGAGUUUGAAUAUGGAUCUGGGCAUGUGAAUCCAGUUCAAGCCAGUGAUCCUGGGUUGGUUUAUGACAUAUCCAAGGAAGAUUAUGUGGAAAUGUUGUGCAAUUUUGGUUAUAACAGUUCACAGAUUAAGAUGAUUUCUGGAAACAAUAAUAGUACCUGUCCCAGAUCUCCUCAAAGAGAGUUAGUCAAGAAUCUGAAUUAUCCCAUACUUGGCGUUAAUAUUAAGCCUUUGACUGCAUUUAAGGUUGAAUUUGAGAGGACAGUGACAAACGUUGGAUUUGCCAAUUCAACCUACAAAGCAAGCGUUGUUUUAUCAGAUUCUCAUGGUAAGGUGAAUAUUACAGUGGAACCCAAAGUUCUUUCGUUCAAAUCAUUGAAUGAGAAGAUGUCUUUUGUUGUUAGUGUUGCUGGAGAAGGAAUCUCAAAUCAAACUGCAAUCGCCUCGUCGUUGAUUUGGUCAGAUGGAACCCAUAAUGUAAGAAGUCCAAUCAUUGUGAUGGGUUUUGAGGAUCUUUUAUAA